AUAGCAUGAUCAAUUUUAGGAUCUAGCCGUCUUAAGUGCAGAUUAGCAUUCCAUGCAACGUUUUUAGAACCUAAAACUGUUUGCCGGGUGCCGUCAUUCGCAAGGAACAGUCGCGAGCAAAGCGCCUGAGGUUCCGUCGCGAGUCACGAACGACCCUGGGGUAAACUGGUUGCAGGUGCCGCUCCAUCCGAGUUUGCUUCUGAAGGAUCUGAGCCGGUGCCGAAGCUGUGAGCGGCUGCCGACCUAGCGUCACGCUGGCAGCCAUGGAGGCCCUGCGGCCGCAUCUGGACGGGCUCCGCGCGCCCGGACCCGACUCCAAGGUCUACAAAGAUCAGUGCAUCUACUCGUUCGACACGCCCGAGUCGCCGGGUGGCCUGUACGUGUGCAUGCGCUCGUUCCUGGGCGUGGCGCGCGACCGGCUGGAGGCGUUCAGCGCGCGCACCGGCAGCCGCGUGUUCCUGCACGUGGUGCACGUGCGCCACCCGCCGCCGCCGCCGGCCGCCGACGAGCCCGAGAAGAAGGUGACGCGGCUGGCCAUCGGCGUCGAGGGCGGCUUCGACGGUGAGGCGCAGCGCGGCCGCCUGGAGCGGCGGCACGCGCUGGUGCUGGUGCCCAGGCUGCACACGCUGCCGCUACCCUGCGACGAGCUGCCGGCGGCGGCGCAGGCGGCCGUGGCCGCCGUGCUGGCGGCCGACUCGGCCAGCCGGCGCGAGGAGCUGCGGCAGGCCACCGGCACGUGGGACGGCGAGGUGCGGGUGGUCUCGCGCCAUGCCGAGACGCUCCGGCAGCUGGAGAACGGCGUGCGCGUGGCGCCGCGCGGCUGGCAGUGUCAGCAGUGCGACAAGACGGACAACCUCUGGCUCAACCUGACCGACGGAGCGAUCCUCUGUGGGCGAAGGUUCUUCGACGGCACGGGCGGCAACAACCACGCGGUCGAGUACUACCAGAAGACGGGCUACCCGCUGGCCGUGAAGCUGGGGACGAUCAGCGCCGACGGCCGCGCCGACGUCUUCUCCUACGACGAGGACGACAUGGUGCUGGACCCGCAACUGGGCCGCCACCUCGCCCACUUCGGCAUCAACGUGCAGGCGAUGGAGAAGACGGACAAGUCGAUGGUCGAGCUGGAGAUCGAGAUGAACAAGCGCGUGGGCGAGUGGGCCACGAUCCAGGAGGAAGGUGAGCAGCUGAAGCCGCUGUACGGGCCCGGCUACACGGGUCUGCGCAACCUGGGCAACUCGUGCUACAUGAACAGCGUGAUGCAGGUGAUGUUCACGGUGCCGGACUUUGUCGAGCGGUACUUCGCCGGCGCCGAGGCGACGCUGGCGGCGCUCGAGCCGGCGCGCGUGCCGGACGACUUCGACGCGCAGAUGUGCAAGCUGGCGCAAGGCCUGCUGUCGGGGCGGUACUCGCAGCAGCCGGAGGAGCCGGCCGCCGCCGCCGCCGGCCAGCCGGGCAUCGAGCCGUUCACCUUCAAGAGCGUGGUGGGGCGCGGCCACGCGGAGUUCUCCGGCAAGCGGCAGCAGGACGCGCAGGAGUUCAUCCUGCACCUCAUCAACCUGGUGUCGCGCGCCUCGCGGCAUCGCACCGACCCGACCGACGCGCUCCGGUUCCGCGUGGAGGAGCGCGUCGAGUGCACUGGCUCGCACCGCGUCAAGUACUCGGACCGCACCGAGUUCUUCCUGCCGCUGCAUAUCCCGCUGGAAGCGGCCACGAACAAGGAGGCCGUGCGCGAGUACGAGGCGCGCAAGGCGGCGGCCGGCGGCGCCGACGCCGGCCCGCCGGUGCGCGCGAACAUCCCCUUCGAGGCGUGUCUGGAGGCGUUCGCCGCCGAGCGUCGCGUCGAGCAGUUCUACUCGACGGCGCUGGACGCGAAGACGACGGCGCUGCAGACGGUGCGGCUGGCCUCGUUCCCCGACUUCCUGCUGGUGCAGCUGCAGAAGUUCACCGUCGGCGACGACUGGCUGCCCAAGAAGCUGGACGUGGCGGUGGCGAUGCCGGACGAGCUGGACCUGAGCUGCCUGCGCGGCGGCGGCCUGCAGCCGGGCGAGGAGCUGCUGCCGGAGCCGGCGGCGCAGCUGGCGGCCGCCGAGCCGCAGCUGGACGCCGCCGUGCUGGCGCAGCUGGCCGACAUGGGCUUCCCGACAGAGGCCUGCCGCCGCGCGCUCUACAACACGCAGAACUCGGGCGUCGAAACCGCCAUGAACUGGAUCAUGGAGCACAUGACGGACGAGGACUUCGCGGCGCCGUUCGUCGUGCCGGGCACGCAGCCGGCGGCCGGCGCCUUCCGCGCCGACCCGGAGGCGGUAGCGCUGAUCGUGUCGAUGGGCUUCACCACCUCGCAGGCGGAGCGCGCGCUGCGCGAGACGGACAACAGCGUCGAGCGCGCCGCCGACUGGAUCUUCAGCCACCAGGCCGAGCUGGGCGAGGAGCCGACGCCGGCCGGCGAGCAUUACCGCGACGGCGCCGGCAAGUACCAGCUGGUCGCCUUCAUUUCCCACAUGGGGAGCAGCACGAUGGUGGGGCACUACGUGUGCCACAUCCUCAAGGACGGCCGCUGGUGCAUCUUCAACGACGAGAAGGUGGCGGAGAGCCGCCGGCCCCCGCGUGAGCUCGCCUACCUCUACCUGUACCGGCGCUGCCAGUAGUACCGCCUCGCCGCCGCCGCCGCCGCCGCUCGGCGCGGCUUUCGUGCUGCUAUGUGAGGGCACCCCCGCCCCGGGCUGGCAUGACAGCCGCAGCCGACAAGGGGCGGAUGGGCAGUCCCGUCACCGCGCUGGACGGACGCCCGCCCGGCCGGCGUCCUCGGCCUCGCGCAGACGAAGUGCACCGUUCGCAGAUGAUCGGACAGCGCCACGCCGACCUGUUUCGAUAGCGAGGUACGGCAGCUGCCGGUUGAUCUCCUGCCGGUUGAGGUGGGUGACAAGGCAUCACGCCCCCGCGCGGAAUUGGCAUCGAGUGCUCGCGCGGAGUUGGCAUCGCGUGCUCGCGCGGCGUUGGGAUCGUGCGCUUGCGCCGAGUUGGCAUCGCGUGCUCGCACGGCGUUGGCAUCAAGCGCUCGCGCGGAGUUGGCAUCGAGCGCUCGCGCGGAGUUGGCAUCACGUGCUCGCGCGGCGUUGACAUCAAGCGCUCGCGCGGAGUUGGCAUCGAGUGCUCGCGCGGAAUUGGCAUCGCGUGCUCGCGCGGAGUUGAGAUCGUGCGCUCGCGCGGAGUUGGGAUCGCGCGCUCGCGCGGAGUUGGGAUCGCGCGCUCGCGUGGCUAACUUCUCACUGCGCACGUGUGCCUCGCACGCGGCAGUUGGGUGAUACACUUCUGCUCUGGUGUGCGCCGCUCUCCCGUUCUCUGCAAGUGAGAGCCGACGGACGAGUGUUCAAUAUACCUGCGUUCAUGAGUUC